GGAGAGGAGAGGAGAGGAGGAGAGAGGACAGGACGUGACAGGAGAGGAGGGUGGGUGUGGUGGAUACAGGAUGAGGAGUUGAGAUGGCAUCAUGUAAUGUGCCACUCCAAGAUCCAGCUCUUUGGACAUGAAUGUUAUCUUAAAUAUCGCCUCCUCACUGACUAGAUGAUCCUGAGAGCUGCUGACAUUAUGAAUGAAGACAAUGAGAGUGUUGUGUGUGUGAACAGCUCUUUGCUGGAGGAGGACUGCUUCAGCAACCUGGAGGACAUCGACGUGACAGCCGACGGGAGUCCCAUCCUGCGGUUCUUCAUCUGCCUCGUCUACUCCGUCGUGUGCGCUGCGGGUCUGAUGGGCAACCUGCUGGUCCUCUUCUUCAUCAGGGUCAAACAAGAGAGGAAGAAGUCCACGGUGAACUUCUUCGUCCUCAACCUGGCCGUGACGGACUUCCAGUUCGUGCUCACGCUGCCCUUCUGGGCCGUGGACACCGCGCUGGACUUCAGCUGGCCGUUUGGAGACGCCAUGUGUAAGAUCAUCCUGUCGGUCACCGUGAUGAACAUGUACGCCAGCGUGUUCUUCCUCACCGCCAUGAGCGUCACCCGCUACUGGUCCGUCGCCUCGGCUCUGAAGCAGCACAGAACCGCGCGGAGGAAGUCCUGCUCCUCCAGAUGGACCUGCGCGCUGAUCUGGACUCUGGCGACUCUGGCGACAGCUCCGACCUCCAUCUACUCCACCGUCAGCAACGUGACCGGAGAAAAGCUCUGUCUGCUCAGGUUCCCCGGUGGACAGUACUGGUUAGCAGUUUACCACAUACACAAAAUACUGGUAGGUUUUGUCUUCCCCAUGUUCAUCGUGUCCAUCAGCUACCUGAUGCUGCUGCGCUUCAUCCGCAGUCGGACUAUGAAGACAAGCAACCCAAAACGCAGAUCACAAGUGACUAAAUCCAUCACCAUCGUGGUGUUGUCCUUCUUCCUGUGCUGGAUGCCCAACCAAGCCAUCACCUUGUGGAGUGUCCUGGUCAAACUGAACGUGGCCAACUGGGACAGAGCCUAUUACAUAGUCCAAACAUAUGUGUUUCCUCUGACCGUGUGUCUGGCUCACACCAACAGCUGCCUCAACCCGGUCAUCUACUGCCUCAUGAGGAAGGAGUUCAGGGACAAACUGAGCAGUCUCAUACACAGAGGAUGAGGUUUUUAUGAAUGAUUUAACAUGUUGACAAAGGAGACGCACCGAGAAGUGCGCACGGAGAGAAAAAGGCACGGAGGUGAGAGAGGAGACCUGUCAGAGUGUCAGAGCACAAUGAAAACACGCACCAUCAUGUCAACACUAUGUAUUCCAUUGUGCUUUGUUGAAAAUGUAACUUUCCUCAGCGCUUCUUGUCUUUAAAGGCGUGCGUAAUGUGGCUAACAUCUCUAAAGAAACCGCUGUGGAACGCUUGGAGCUUUACGCAUAGAUAGGAAUUGCCAAUUUUGUGUGUAAAAGUGUUACAUUAUGUCCACUGUGGCAUUGCUUGUUAAAUAACCAUUAAGUGUGAAGUGUCUCUGCACUGUUAAGAGUUUCCCAGUAAAAUAACAGUAAAGAGCUGGCAGCAGGGUUGCCUUUAUGUUACUGUAAAAUUAACAUUAUUAUACUGUCGCUGAAAUUUACAGCUUU